AUGUCGACCACAGCCACCUCACUGCCGAAACUCACAUUGCCGAAGUUUAGCGGACAACAGUCUGAUUGGGACUCGUUCAAAGCGUUGUUUGUAUCUAUGGUAAAAGAUGCACCAACGCUCACUCCAACGCUAAAACUUCAACACCUAUUGGCCUGUGUCGAAGGCGACGCCUAUUGCACAAUCAAAAACAUCGAGGUUAAUGCAGACAAUCUCGAGGUAGCAUGGACGGCCCUUAGCCGCUGUUAUGAAAACAAGCGUCUACGCAUCUCGGUCUACAUGAAGCGGCUGCUAUACAUGCCCAAAGCGGUUACAAGAUCAGUUGCAGAAGUCACUCGGCUGCUUGAAACAAGCAACGAGUGUCGUCGUGGCUUGAGUGCAUUAGGCGAACCAGUUGAGCAUUGGCAUCGCUGA